AUGUCAUUCUUUCCAAUCCAUCGAUAUCGUCGCUUCGAUGAUCCAUUUGAUCGUUUUUUCGGUGAUCAACUUGAUUUCUUCGAUCCAUGGCGUGAUUUUGAUACAUUUCCAACAGCUCUUGGUAUUCGACCAAAUGCUUUUCGAUGGAUCAAUGAGCCUUUACGAUUAACACAUGGUCAUAGUGCUCAACCAACAUCACCAGCACCACAUCAAGAAAAAUUUCGUGUUCAACUUAAUGUUGCUGGAUUUAAUCCUGAAU